AUGGGGCAGGUUGCCAGCAGCUUGUGUGGUCUCGAUGGCCGGCCAGUCAUUAAGAAUGAUGUUACCCUGGCUGUGAAGACCGAGCCCACCGAGCCCAUCUCUGGACAGGCUCCAGGAACCAGCGGCCUGCGAAAGAAGACGAAGGUCUUCAUGGAGGGCAACUACCUGGCAAACUAUGUGCAGAGCGUGUUCAACACCCUCCUGGAGGAGAACGUGCCCGUGCAGAAUGGGACUCUGGUGGUUUCCGGUGAUGGGCGCUUCUGGAAUCCCGAAGCCAUCGAGAUCAUCAUCAAGAUCGCGUUUGCGAAUGGUGUUGGCCGAAUUUGGUGCGGUACGGAUGGAAUGCUCUCCACGCCAGCCACCUCCGCUGUGAUUCGGGGACGAGGCUAUGGCUUCGAACCCUUCGGUGGCUUCAUCUGCUCGGCCAGCCACAACCCAGGUGGCAUCAACGAUGACUUUGGCAUCAAGUACAACUGUGAGAAUGGCGGGCCGGCCCCCGAGAAGCUCACGAACAAGAUGCUCGAGUGGACUGGGAAGAUCAAGGAGUACAAGACCAUUGAGGGCCUCCCCAAGCUCGACCUGUCCAAGCCGGCCAUCUACAAGCUGGCCGACAAAGUCGUGGAGGUCUUCGACUGCGUCGAGGACCACUUGAAGAUGCUCAAGCAGUGCUUCGACUUCCCCUCCAUCAAGCGGCUCAUCACUCGCCCGGACUUCACGAUCGUUUACGACUGCAUGAGCGGCGUGCAGGGCCCCUAUGCCAAGCGCAUCAUUGAGCAGGAGCUGGGUGCAGCUCCAGGCAGCUGCACAAAUGCUGUGCCGAAGCCGGACUUCGGCGGCCCCGACUCGGCGUGGCAUGGCCAUGCGGAUCCGAACCUGACCUACGCAGUGGAGCUCGUGGCCACCAUGGGCCUGAACAAGGAGGGCCAGAAGAUCUCCAGCCCGAAGCCCAUCCCCUCCUUUGGUGCCGCGGCCGAUGGCGACGCGGACCGGAACAUGAUCCUCAGCAGCCAGUUCUUCGUCUCCCCUUCCGACUCCUUGGCCAUGAUCGUGGACAACGCUGACCUCAUCCCACAAUUCAGGGCUGGGCUGAAGGGCUGUGCCCGGUCGAUGCCCACCAGCGGCGCGGUGGACUUGGUGGCGAAGGCGAAGGAGAUCGAGUGCUUUGAGGUGCCUACAGGAUGGAAGUUCUUCGGCAACCUGAUGGACAGCGGAACCCAGUACUUCCCCGACAAGAAGGUCUACACGCCCUUCAUCUGCGGUGAGGAGUCCUUUGGUACGGGCGCCGAUCACGUCCGCGAGAAGGAUGGAAUGUGGGCUGUGCUUGCCUGGCUUCAGAUCCUGGCCAGGAAAACGGAGAAGGCUGGAAAGCUCGUGUCGGUGGAGGACGUUGCAAAUGAGCACUGGAAGACCUAUGGACGAAAUUACUAUGCCCGCUACGACUAUGAAGGCGUUGACAAGCCCAAAGCGGAGCAGAUGAUGAAGGCGAUGUCCGACAAGUCAGGCCAGCUCGUUGGCCAGACUUUCGGCAACAUGAAGAUCAAGAUCAAUGAUGUCUUUGAGUACAACGAUCCGGUGGAUGGCAGCGUGUCCAAGAACCAAGGCGUUCGGUUCAUCUUCGAGGACGGCUCCCGAAUAAUCUUCCGCCUCUCCGGCACCGGGGUGGCGGGUGCCACAGUGCGCCUCUACCUGGAGAAGUACACGCCGCCAGAGGGCAACCUCAGCUUGCACCAGUUCGAUGUGGUCCAGCCACUGGCAGACGUGGCCCUGCAACUUUCCAGCCUGAAGUCCUACACCGGGCGUGAGAAGCCCACCGUGAUCACCUAA